AUGACGAUACCAUAAACCACCUCCUGGGAAUGUAGGAAUUGUCCGAGUCAGGAAUGUUUCGAUGACCUUAGGGCACUGAUUAAGGCAAGGAAGUCAAAGGAAGACGCCUUGGGAAGACGUUUGGUAUAUGAACCAUGACGAUUGGCGUCCGCUGCUUCCUGCAAAGAAUGUACACAAGCGGUCGCCUGAUUCCUAAGACCUUCAUCAUUAAAUGCGAUGUCGGACGUUCUACGAAUGUCUUGUCAGCUAUGUGGACGCCUUUCGGUGGCAUCAAAUGUCGUCUCUUACACACAACGACAUCUCUGGUCCCAAGGAAGAUUUUGUCACAUUGAUCGAUGCUACGCCAAGCGGGUACAAGGGCUCUUCCCAAAGAUGAAAUUUUAACGAACCGUCAUUUCCAUUAGGUCUUUUUUUUUGUCAUUCAAACGAUCUCAAGAGAGAUGGAGAUAAGAUCCAAACAAAGUCAAUUACAAACUACGCAACCAGGACACAUAGUCGAACCUCGACAAGAGCCGAAGCGACAAACUCAGGGAUUUCUUGGCCACUAAAUGAGCCUCCCUAUUCCUCUGACAACCUACGAAACGCAUAUCACAAUUUCCCUCCAAACCCGCCAAUAAAAUUUUGAUCUCGCCCAAAAUUGCGCCCACCUAUCAUUGAAAUCCCCUUAGAAUCGUUAAGCAUUCUUCUAACUUAGGCGCUUUUCUGCGCAUUGGGCCUUAAACUGACGUGGUGGGCUUUUAUUCUCACUGUCCCUUGGCCCAAGGUUGCUAAACACUGGGUCCAACUCCAACAAGAAUGAUCCGUCACAGUGUAUAGCAAUAUAUCGCUCAUAGUCAUAUCACGAUAUCUGGGCAAUUAUCGUUUUCGUCAACUUACCGCAUUACGUUUUCAGUUAUCAUGAACGAAAAAACGUUUCCGUUUCUACUUUCUACGGUUCUUACAGACGUUUCACGCUUGUGUCUCCAGCGUUUCCUCAUCCACUUCCCGUUUCCUUAGCACAGAACCGCUUCUACUCCCUCUCGCCGCCGCCGCCGGCAGCAGCGGAGACUCCUUUUUAGUUCUUCAUCGCCACACAUCAUAAAAUUACGUCGAUAUCACUUUUCGUAGUUGGUACAUAUUCCAGGUCGAUCGGUUUAAAGCCUCUUCUCGCGACGGAACUCCAAACCACCGCUUCAAUCCUUCCGCCGGCUGCCGCGGAUCUAUUUUCUCCGUCGAAGACCCGGUUUUAGUUGGGGGGUUUUCAGGGAGAUGCUCGCCGGAUUAAAAUGAACGACGAGGCCGCAUCACCCAUGUAGUUCGCUCGCUGAUUCAGGUACUUCUCGUUUACAACAAUAAUUAUACGCACAGAGAGCUGAAUCGAACUUAAAUUGGAUCCUUUGAACUAAUCUUCAGCAACAGGGAUUGAAUUCUCGAUUCUGCUCGCUCGAAGAGCGAAGCAACCUGCGAUUUCCCUGCUUCAAUGGAUCAAGAGAGCGAGUUUCUGCCACAGUAUGAGCACAUACAACAGAAUGAAUUUUCGUACAGAAAGCACAAGAAGCAGAAGGAAGAGGACAUUGCAAUCUGCGAAUGCAAAUUCGACCAAAAUGACCCUGAAAGUGCUUGUUCUGAAAGGUGCUUGAAUUGGCUAACAAGUACAGAGUGCACUCCUGGUUAUUGCCCCUGUGACAUCCAUUGCAAGAAUCAGAAAUUUCAGAAAUGUGAGUAUGCUAAAACACUGUUGGUCAAGACGGAGGGUCGUGGAUGGGGUCUUAUUGCUGAUGAGGAUAUAGAGGCUGGGCAGUUCAUCAUUGAGUAUUGUGGUGAAGUAAUAUCCUGGAAAGAGGCAAGGCGAAGGUCCCAUUUUUAUGAAUCCCUAGGUCUGAAAGAUGCAUAUAUAAUUUCGCUGAAUGCUGUUGAGUCCAUUGAUGCCACUCGAAAAGGAAGUCAUGCUAGGUUCAUAAACCAUUCAUGCCAACCAAACUGUGAGACGAGGAAGUGGCAUGUUAUGGGGGAAAUACGGGUUGGAAUAUUUGCAAAGCAAGAUAUUCCAAUUGGAACCGAACUUUCAUAUGAUUAUAACUUUGAAUGGUAUGGCGGCGCAAAGGUUCGUUGUUUGUGCGGUGCAGCCAGCUGUUCUGGUUUUCUUGGUGCAAAAUCUCGUGGUUUCCAGGAGGAUACAUAUCUAUGGGAGGACGACGAUGAUAGGUAUUCAGUUGAAAAAAUUCCAUUGUAUGAUUCUGCAGAGGAUGAGCCCUUGUCCAAGCUUCCCAGGACUAGCAGUCCUACGUCCGAGUUGCGAGAGAUUAGUGAAUACCCCAUGUCAAUUAACACUGACAAUGGACCUGAAAAUUACUUUAGGCCUGCUGGUGUUGGGGACAUGGCACUUGAUCCAGAACCAGUUGACCAAACAGUAGCAUAUCCGGUAAAAUAUGAAGCAGCUGGAGAGUCGAAAAAUGUGUAUUCUCAAGACACCCCACAGCCAUUUGCACCAAAGAGUGCAGUGAUUUCCCGCAUCCGAAAGCAUCAGAUUGGUGGACCCCGUUCCAUCCCUAGGAAACGACUGAAGAAUAUUUCUGUUGGGAAGUCUAAACAGGUUGCCGAGAAGCGAAUGGAUGCGAAACGUGUUGCAGAACUGUUGUCCUUGAAAGAAGCAAAGCAGGAAGUUCUUAUAUACGAGGAUUUGAAGAACGACGCAGCCUCCGAGCUCGCGAACCUGUACAGCGAGAUAAGGCCGGCCAUUGAGGAGCACGAGAGGGAUAGCCAAGACAGUGUGGCGACCAGCGUAGCUGAGAAGUGGAUCGAGGCUAGCUGCAUGAAGUUGAAGGCCGAUUUCGACCUUUACUCGUGCAUUAUCAAGAAUGUGGCCUACAACAUUCCCAAGUCGCAGAACCAGACAGGAACGGACGUGGAUGGUGAUGUGAAGUACCUAGGAAUCUAAUGGAUGAUACCAUGGCUUACAAUCGGCUGCUGGUGUAGUGCAUACAUUUCUCUGUAGGAACAUUAUAAUUGUUUGAUCCAAUUCCAACCAAAAGGGUGAUUCUGUUUACAUAAUUCAAGACUCAUUACUUUGGUAGAGUUCUUAUGUAAACACCUGAUCACGAACGCAGCAGUAUACGCUACGAGAAGAGGAAGACUGAAUAAUAUGUAUCAUAGCAGCACCAGUGGUCUAGUGGUAGAAUAGUACCCUGCCACGGUACAGACCCGGGUUCGAUUCCCGGCUGGUGCAUAUUUUUUAUAAAUUUUCCACUCCAUUUUCACUUUUACAAAAUCUUCAAUUAUUUGGCCUCAUUUAAGUUUUGACUUGAAGUUCUUGAACUCUCAUCAACCAUAAAGAGGUGGUAAUAAAAAGGAAUUGGCACAAAUUGUUAUUUAUUCGAUUAGCACAACAUAUCAUUUAAAAGAGAUUUUGUUUUUGUUACUAUCAAAAUAAUAUGCUUGUUUUCUGGGGUUGAUAGUAACAUAGAGUAAAUAAAUUUGGUGUUUUGCAUUCGUUAAUCAUUGAUAAUAUAAUCUUAUACGAUUUCACAACUCUUUUUUUUUUUUUUUGGUAGAAGCUCAUUCAUUUUUCAAUGUUAAAGCUUAAUGACAUUGUAAUACGAAAUAUUGAUACAUUUGUAAUAUACAUACACACGUGAAUAAUUUUGAAUUAUUGCAAAGAAAUGUUUGAAAGAUUGAUCAGUUUGUUGGAUCGUACUUUGUAGAACAAAGUAACAAUAAAACAAAGAGAGUAAGUACAAAGAAAAGCACAUGCAUGUGACUGGAAUUAAUCAUGGAUCUCGAUGCAAACCAGAAUAAUAUAUCAAUUAAUUAGCACAUAAUUAACUAGUAAUACAUAGUUAGUGGUGAAUCAUAAUGUUCUCUCUUCAUUAAUUAAGCAAAAAGCAUCGCCGUUGGAUAGUGGUAAUCGUUUUAUGUCCAGUUUUUUUUGUUCCUUCGGUCGGAGUUGGCCGAUUCCAUUAAAGCAGCUAGUACUAGCCAGUAGUAGUUAUUAAUUCCUUAAUUAGCUUUUUAAUUAAUGGGGGUAAUGAUUCUCGGCAAGCACAUGCGUACAUCUUUUUAACAAAAAGCAUAGCCGCCAUCAUAUUCAAAUUCUAUUUUGAUUAUCCAAAGUUCUAUAAUGAUGCUGGUCGUGGUUCAACCGGUCUCGACCGUCAAAAUCGUCUACCAUUUUAGGUCCGAUAUUUUCGAUCUGAUCGGCCGGUAUAAUAGGGUUUCUUAAACCUUGACAUUAUGUUGAUUUUAUUAGGAGUACUAUAAAGAGGAUAAAUACUAGCUAGAAUGGACCUCUUUCCCAUUACAACAACACAAACUAUUAUUUCAACCAUAAAGAUUUGAUGUUUUGUUUGAUUGAGACCCACUCGAUCUGUGUUUAUGUGGCGCAUGGCUGGUUGGGACAGCGAUAACCCAAAACUGACCCGUUAAUUGUUUCAUAUUAAUUUUUUUUAUAUAGAAAUAAAGAAAAUUAUGGGAUGCACUCAUGCACACAUCAUUAUUUAAUUAAUGUUGUAAAUUUCACUUUAAUUAUUGUCUUUUGUUUUGCGGGUUUUGUAGACGAUAAAUUGACUACCAGCUGCCUCUCUCUGCUCUAUUUGCCUACUAUUCCUGUCGUCCCCCGUCAUAUGUAUGGCAAUUUCUUUAGGUUGUUCAACAGUCUUUUUUUUUGUCUGCACACACACACACAUAUUAUUUUUCUUUGGUGUACUCACAUUUUUUCAUGUAUGUUAUGCAAUCAUGUCGUUCAGAGUUGGUGAUUCAUAUUAAAACGAUAUUAAUCAU